CUAACCGCACGCACUGCUGCAGACGCGCGCACACUCGCGGAGAGAUCUGCGGGGAAAACAUCGGAUACUCGCGGAUGCGCCGUUCCCCGAGAACGCGGUUCGAUCCCGGCUACGCAGAAGAACAAGGACUCACCCUCCUUCUCCGUCGCCUUAACGGGAUUAUACUUCCAUCCUGAACUUUUUCUCUCCGCAGUGGGAGUGGGAAUAUUAAGGAAAGCGAGAGCCCCCCCCUAAAACUUUUUCUUCCUCGCGUGGCUUAUUUAAAUAUCACCCCCCAAAAAGUGGGGAAUCAGAAGAAUUCCCUUAGAAGAAGAGUGCCGCCUCCCUCCUUCCUUCCAAGCAGGGAGACCCAAUCAAGCGCGCAUCUCAUCGAUUCAUAAGAACUGAAAAAAAUAAUAAUAAAAGGAGAGAUAGGCGCGUGCACGUGUGUGUACGGGGGGACAUUGAUGGACCCCCUGUUCCUCACAUAACCUUCCUCAUCAUUUGGAUUUUUAAGGGGGGUGCAUUUGGUCAGGCUUCAAACACCUGGAGGCACGCGUGCACGCUCAAGGCUCCAGUUCAACGCGCCUGUUGCAGGAGAUCACGCGCGGAGCCGCACGGAGGGGAAGCGUUUAACCUCCGCUACCCCGGCACCGAGGCGCAGCCGAGCCCGAGCCGAAAGAGAGCGCAGUCAGCCCGGGGAAGGAAGCGAGGAAGGGACGCUGAUUUCACCGGUUGUCCUCCACCUCAGUGUCUUCGAUUUUUUUUUUUUUUUUUUUUUUUAAUUUGUCGACCCGCACACGCUCCAUCGAUGCGGGAGUCCUGAGUGAGCGAGCGCCGACGCCAAGGGGGAAGUGUAGCCCGCGGGAAGCCUCGCAUCAGCGGGGCCGCAGAGGAAGCGCCUUCCCCGGGGCCGGGAACGCCGACAUGCCGCGGAGGAAGCAGCAAGCGCCGCGGCGCGCCGCAGCAUACGUCCCUGAAGACGAGAAGGAGGCGGCGCUGCUGGACGAGGACCCAGAUGGAGAGGAUUCUGCGCAGGAAGCAGAAGAACCCGCUGCCAAAUUCCUGUGCCGGGACGGAAACGAGCCGGGAUCUGGGCCCGACUUCCACGAAUCGCCCACCGCCGCAGACUUCUCCGGCCAGGAGAUGGACAGCGAGUCGCACCUGAGCGAAUCCAGCGACAGAAUGUCUGAUUUUGAGAGUCCCCCGCUCAAAACAGAAGAGGACGUUCUCCUUUUCAAAGACCCCGAAAGCAGUUUGUCGUUGUCCUCUACGGUCAUGGCUGCCACGGACAACGUGGCCACGCCAGGGAGUGGUGACGAAGCAGUGAUUUCUGGCUCGGUGCUUCCCACCGCCGGUUCCGUGGCUGACAGCCUGGAAAAGAUGAAGGCCAUCUACACCUCUUUCCUAACUAACUCCUACUGGUCCACCCUGAAUUUGAACCUGAGCCAGCCACCCCAGGAGAAACCCCCUCGCAGUCACAGUAGCAGCAGUAGCAGCAGUAGUAGCAGCAGUUGCGGUAGCGCUGGGUACGACUGGCACCAGACGGCGGUCAACAAAACCCUCCAGCAGGCCUCGCAGAAUCACCAAAACCGACUGUCUUUGGCCCAACACCCCUCAGGGGCCCUGUUGGCACCCUCCAACGAGCCGAGCCUGUUCAGCACCGUCCAGCUCUACCGUCAGAGCUCUAAACUCUACGGCUCCAUCUUCACCGGCGCCAGCAAGUUCCGCUGCAAAGACUGCAGCGCGGCGUACGACACCCUUGUUGAGCUCACGGUACACAUGAACGAGACAGGACACUACCGGGACGACAACCACGAGGUGGACAGCGAGGGCACCAAACGCUGGUCCAAACCUAGGAAGCGCUCCUUGCUGGAGAUGGAAGGCAAGGAGGACGCGCAGAAGGUUCUCAAGUGCAUGUACUGCGGGCACUCUUUUGAGUCCCUCCAGGAUUUAAGCGUUCACAUGAUUAAGACCAAACACUACCAAAAAGUGCCUCUGAAGGAGCCCGUGACUCCCGUGGCGGCGAAGAUCAUCUCAGCUCGAAAAAAAGCCCCUUUGGAGCUGGAAGUACCUAGCUCACCAGACUCCAACGGAGGGGCCACGCCAAAGCCGGCCUGCUUGGCCGACACCAAUGAGCUUCUCCAGAGGACGGCGCACCCGUACAUCACCCCCAACAACCGCUACGGGCACCAGAACGGCGCCAGCUACGCCUGGCAGUUUGAGUCGCGGAAGUCGCAGAUCCUCAAGUGCAUGGAGUGCGGCAGCUCACACGACACCCUGCAGGAGCUCACCGCCCACAUGAUGGUAACCGGACACUUCAUCAAGGUCACUAACUCGGCAAUCAAGAGGGGCAAACCCAUCAUGGAGACACCAAGCCCGGCGCAGACACCAAGCGUGGAAGAGAAGGUGCAAUCGGUACCCCUAGCCGCCACCACAUUUUCGCCGCCACCCGCCCCAGUUCCUCCUCCAACCAGCGUCUCGCCCGACGCUAUAACUGUGGACAUCAAAAAGGAGGAAAAGGAGGAGGAGUGUACUAAAGAAUCCGUCCUCAACAAUAACAACAAGAUGUCAGGCGGCGAAGAGGAAACAGAAGAAAAGUUUGACAUCUCGUCAAAGUACACCUACCUGACCGAGGAGGAUCUAGACGCAAGUCCCAAAGGCGGUUUGGACAUUCUCAAGUCCCUGGAGAACACGGUGACCUCUGCCAUCAACAAAGCCCAGAACGGAGCUCCGAGCUGGGGAGGCUACCCCAGCAUCCACGCCGCCUAUCAGCUCCCCAACAUCAUGAAGCUCUCCCUGGGGCACCCUGGAAAGAAUUCCCCUCUCAAGUACAUGUUCCCCGGGGCAGAGAUCUUGUCGCCUACUGGCAAAAACCAGACUCUGGCGUCUCCUCCCAGCCGCCAAACAUCCCCGAUAUCCAAGAACAAUUUCCACGCCAUGGAAGAGCUUGUGAAGAAAGUGACAGAGAAAGUGGCAAAAGUAGAGGAGAAGAUGAGGGAGCCGGGCGGCCUGGUGAGGUCAUCCCCCAUGAGAACCACGCCGUCGCCGUGCCAAAGCGAGGCAGGGGACUCCCACCGGGGUGAAUCCCCCAAGGACACCAAAACAGGCGGCUGCAAAACACCCGAUGUUACAAACGGACCAAACCACAAAGAGACAAACGGGGACGGCGGUGCGAAAGAACCGUCGGAGAGCGGUGCAGAGUCCACUGUGGCAUCGCCCCAGUCCGGGUCCCUCUGCGGCAGCACGGCCAUCAUCACCGACCACCCACCCCCAGAGCAGCCCUUUGUCAACCCGUUGAGCGCCUUGCAGUCAGUCAUGAACGCCCACCUGGGCAAGGCCGCCAAGCCCGCCCUGCCUUCCCUGGACCCCAUGAGCAUGCUCUUCAAGAUGAGCAACAGCCUGGCUGAGAAGGCGGCGGUGGCGGCCUCCACGCCGCCCUCCCAUGUCAAGAAAUCCAGCAGCGACCAUCUGGAUCGCUACUUCUACCAGCCGAACCUCAUCGGCAACGACCAACCCAUGGAUCUCACCAAAGGCAAGCACGCAGACAAAAACGCGUCGCCUCCCGCCACCGUGGCCAUGACCAAAGCCUCGGCCGCCGUGGCCUCCUUCAUGUCCUCGUCGCCCCUGAAGGAGAACGCCCUGUCGGACAUCUCCGACAUGCUGAGGAACCUGACGGAGAGCCAGGCCAUCUCCAAGGCCUCCACGCCCACCAGCUUAUCGGAGCGCUCCGACGUGGAGGGCGCUACCCAGGAGGAACCAGAGGAAGUGUCGCCGGCCCAAAAGCGCAAAGGCCGCCAGUCCAACUGGAACCCGCAGCACCUCCUCAUCCUGCAGGCUCAAUUCGCCUCCAGCUUGAGGCAGACUACGGACGGCAAGUACAUGAUGUCGGACCUGAGCCCGCAGGAGAGGAUGCACGUCUCGCGCUUCACUGGACUCUCCAUGACCACCAUCUCCCACUGGCUGGCUAACGUCAAGUACCAGCUCCGCAGGACGGGCGGCACCAAGUUCCUCAAGAACCUGGACUCUGGACACCCGGUGUUCUUCUGCAGCGACUGCGCCUCUCAGAUCCGUUCUCCGUCCACCUACGUCAGCCACCUGGAGGCGCACUUGGGCUUCCGGUUGCGGGACCUGGCCAAGCUCUCGGGGGAGCAGCUUUUGGGUCAGAUCUCCCAGCAACGCCUCCACAAAGGACUCUCCGACAAACUCCUGGCCCACUUGCACCCGUCCGGCCGGCCGCUGCCCUCGUCCCUACCGUCCUUUCCCGUGGCCCUGCCCUCGUCCUUGCCGGCCCCGGAUUCGGCGGCGACGUCCCCCAACAACGACGAGGACGAGGUGGGCGGCGCGGCGGCCCACCAAUGCAAACUCUGCAACCGGACUUUUGCCAGCAAGCACGCCGUAAAACUGCACCUCAGCAAGACUCACGGCAAGUCCCCCGAGGACCACCUCAUGUACGUUUGCGAACUGGACAAGCAGUAGCGCACAAAUCCAAUUUACCGUCCUGGGAUUCAGGAAAAGCUGCAGUAAAAAGGACGCUUGAGUUUUUUGACAUGCUUUUUUGGUUGAACGCGAGGACUGAGCCCCAGGAUACAAAAUAUGAAGUUUUAAACAAAAAAAAGAAAUCCUACAAAUGAAUCUGUGUGUAUUCUGUGUACAUGAAGUUGCUUUUGAUUUCCACAUCAGCACCAUGAGAAAAGCUGCAUGCAUUAUGAAAAAAAUGACAUCAGUUUUACAUUUUUUAAAAUUGACUUUCACUUUAGCUGUACGCGUGAGCAUAAUGGCCGCACUGACAUGCAAACAAAUGAAAGAAAAAAACUACGGCUGUCAAACGAUUAAAAUUAUUAAUCGAGUUAAUUACAGCUUAAAAAUUAAUUAAACGUAAUUAAUCGCAAUUCAAACCAUCUAUAAAAUAUGCCAUAUUUUCUGUAAAAUAUUGUUGGAAUGGAAAGAUAAGACAAAAUGUUGUUUUGGGCUAUAACCAGAGUGUAUUUCAUGUUUUCCCCAUAUUUUAUUGGAAUAAUAUUAUUUAUUUAUUCAUAAUUAUAGAAAAAAAUAUUAAUGAUAGGAAAAAUAAACAGGAAAUUUGGCGUUUUUCAGUUGUUGUUUUUUUCCAGCUUGAAAGCUUUAUGUGGUCCUUAAACAUUAUAUAAUAUAUAUAUAUACAGUAUAUAUAUACACACAUACACAGUAAUAUAUAUAUAUAAUUGGGGUGUCAAACGAUUAAAAUUUUUAAUCGGGUUAAUUACAGCUUAAAAAUUAAUUAAUCGCAAUUCAAACCAUCUAUAAAAUAUGCCAUAUUUUUCUGUAAAUUAUUGUUUGAAUGGAAAGAUAAGACACAAGAUGGAUAUAUAUAUAUAUUCAACACACGGUACAUAAGUACUGUAUUUGUUUAUUAUAACAAUAAAUAAACAAGAUGCGAUCCAUGGAUAGAAAGACUUGUAGUUCUUAAAAGAUAAAUGUUAGUACAAGUUAUAGAAAUUUUAUAUAAAAACCCCUCUUAAUGUUUUCGUUUUAAUAAAAUUUGUCAAAUUUUCCAUCAAAAAAUAAACUAGUAGCCCGCCAUUGUUGAUGUCAGUAAUUACACAAUGCUCAUGGGUGCUGAAGCCCCCAAAAUCAGUCGCACCCAAGCGCCAGCAGAGGGCGACAAAACUCCCAAAAACACAAGUAACAAGUGGACAUUGCACUAUACUGUCAUUUUAAGCUGUUUGAGCGGGGCAUGUGCGUUAAUUUCGUCAAAUAUUUUAACGUGAUUAAUUUAAAAAAUCAAUUACCGCUCGUUAACGCGAUAAUUUUGACAGCCCUAGAAAAAACACAUAAGUUUUUCUCUUAUUUGCUUUUUUUUUAGUGUUGCACCGAUACCGCUUUCACCACGUUACCAGAUUUUGGGAAAAAAACUGCAUACUUACUUGAAUGUAAAGUAACUGCUAAAUGCGCUAGAUGUCCAAUAGACCGGUCCCCAAAAAUAAUGAAUUUUGGAAAAUUGCUGCUCCACAAGGUUAUAUUUGUUCCUUUCCUAGACAAUAAGAAGUACGGUGGUAUAAAAAAAAAAGUAUCUGAACCCUUUGGAAUUUCUCACAUUUCUGCAUGAAAUCACCAUCAAAUGUGAUCGGGUCUUUGUCAAAAUCACACAGAUGAAAACAGCAGUGUUUGCUUUCACUAAAACCACAAAAACCUUUAUAGAUUUUCAUAUUUUAAUGAGGAUAAUAUGCAAACAAAGACAGAAGAAGGAAAAAUAAGUCAGUGAACCAUCACAUUUAAUGAAUGAAAUGAAUGAAUGAAAUAUUUAUUGUUAUCAUCAUCGGUAUCAUUGACAAUCAUUGACAAUUACAAAAUGUGAUAUGAUUUGCCCGAAGGAAGAAAGAACCGAAGAAAAAAGACAAAGGCAGACGGGAGGAAGCAUAAGCUUAUCAUUUUCACGUCCCCCCCAUACAGCUAAAGACGCACAAUCAGUCAUGGUGCAGUGACAUAUAUCACAUGGUCACAAACUGUACAAUAACACAAUCAACAGUCUUGGUUUACAAUAACUCAGCAUCCAGUCGAGCAGCUCUCGUGCACAAGAUUAGUGGUCUGAGUUUCAGGGCGUACAAAGUUAUGGCUUUGUCAUUGUCCCUGACAUUCUCGCAUCUUAUUUGUUGUGGGAACAUUUUGUUGUGGCUAUGUGUGUGGCAAAAAUGUUAUGUGUUAUCACAGCUGGUAAGAUUAGCGACUCAAAAUGCUUUUCUUAUAAGUCUCUUUAAAGGGUACAUUCCUAAAGUGUACAUGGUGGCAACAAUUGGCGCACACAAAAAAUGUGAUGCUAGAUUUGAGUUUGUCAAUCUCAGAAUCCCCGCGUUACAUUACAGCACUACUAGUUGUCCCUUAGAAAUGAAAAUCGCUUACCGUGACAAACGAGUGGGAAGCCAACAACACUCCAGUAAAGCGUCAAUAGCUGGGCGACGCGUACUUAAUCAACUAGCGGACUUCGCGGGUCACCCGGAAAUGUCCCGGUUUUGUAAAGACGCACCCCUCGGAGACGGAGAGGCCAACUUCCGACCCCGAGCGGCGCGGCCCCGUCCAAUCACAAACAUUUAAGCUACUUUUGGUUCAGCCCCCUUGAAAAAGGGCUUUUCACAUGGGACAAAUGAGCUCUGCUGCAACAGAUGCCAACAAAUGGUAAAUAUUAUGGGUGUAAAACAAGUUAUCUCUAUGGGACCCAGGCGUGUAACUAUGGGACUGUUGAAAUUCGCCCCCCCCGGCCAAGACGCACUCGGGAACAGCGACAGCCAAAACAAGUGCCGCUCGGCUGACGCUGCCCCCGCGCGCGCCAACCGGGAAGGCAGAACUUCGUGCGUCCACCUCUGAUAUUAACCCUUUGUACUGACUCCAUGUUCCAAAAGUUUGAAAAAGACUCGCCGAAAGCAGGUUGACAAUUUAUUCGUCGACAAUAGUCAAAAACAAGGCAAUAAACAGACGACGGAGGGACAAAUCUGGAUCCAAAACAAGGCUACAUAUUUCCGAGCAGCAAAAAUCUGUGUUAUCUCAGUGUCCAGUCUUUUUAAAGUGUUUGCUGAAGCGGGUCGUGUCGAAGGCGUCUCCGAAGGUGUGUCUGGGCGUUGCUUUUGGGUCUUCCCCUCUGUGGCCGGUUUUGGGUGGCUUAGGUUCAUGUGCCGAUGGGACACCCGCUAUCAACUUUGCUGUCCGGGCUGGCUGUACUUGUUUUAGGACUAAGCGCUUUGUCCUUGGAGUUUGCUGGGAGAGCUGAUUGCAAGAGUUGGUGCGUCAAUCUUGUUCGUGACGCACGCGUUGGGUUUCUGUGAUAAGACAGCAUUGUGUAUCUCUUCUAUUUCUUCUCAUUAAACUAUGGUGUGCUAUUUAUUUUAUAUUAGUAGUGCAGUCCUCCCGUAAAUUUGAAAAGGAUUCUAUUUCCUGAUUAAUUAUAUUACGUGUGUUAGAGUAAUGCAAACAGACGGUGCCUACGAGAAACUGCACAAUUUUUCUCAUCUCCCCCUCAUUACCCCGGAUUACUCGGUUAAUCACUUUACUGUGUUAAAGAGCAUGUAGUGGAGUCUGCUUAAACAAUAGUUAGAUUAAUGUGUUAGACUAAUGCAAACAAUUAUAUGGUGUGUGCGAUGACGGUAUCUUUUCCCUUCAGGACCCAGGCAUGUAGUAAAACAAUACUAUGGUGCAAAACAAGUUAUCUCGUGAGAUUCUCAAGCGCGUCUCCUAACUAUGGGAACAAGGUGAAAAACAAUAGAAGUUGUUACAAUCUAUUUCACAGAAGCAGUCAUACAUCACAAAAGCAUAAUGUAAUAUUUUCCCACAUCACCACCCCAUAAAAAUAUGAAAACCUGUAAAUGUUGGUGUGGUUUUAGUUAAAGCAGACACUGUUUUUUUCAUCUGUGUGAUUUUGACAAAGAUCAGAUCACAUUUGAUGAUUUUGGGCAGAAAUGUGAGAAAUUCCAAAAGGUUCAGAUACUUUUUCAUACCACUGUAUUUAUCAUAGCAAAGCUCCAUGUUUCUAGUUUUUAAAAAAGAUUUUUUUUUUCCUUUGGUACGACAACAAAAGCACAUGAACAGGAUUUACUCGUAAGGACAAAUUAGCUAGUUGCUAUUGUCUUUGCCACAGAAUGUGAAGGCAGCAUUAGUACUCACCAAUAACCGAUGAUGUCAUAUUAGUGCCACAUCGGUAACUGUGCAACACUCGUGUUUUAUAUAUUAUUAUUGUUUAUAAUAUUUACAUUUUUUUUUAACAACCAUUAAUUUUUUUUUUACAUAUAUAAAUAUUUUUUUAAUUUUUAAAAAUAUAUUUUUUAUUAUUAUAAUUGCAUUUCUUAUCAAUUUAUUUCAAACAUUGUAUACUUUAUAUUACAUAAGUUAAUUUAAAUUUUGGGGACAAAUCAUAGAAUAAAGAAGGAAAAUAAAAUUGUGAUAUUAUGACAAUAAAUACAUAAUAAUAUGUAAAAAUUAUUUUUUUUGUUUGUUUGCGUUCAGUGUUGGUCAGCGAAAGCACUUAAAAUGCAAACAUUUUAGCUCUCUGAAUGCGGAAAAAUCAUUUUUUCCCCCCUCACAAUAUUUCAUAUCGUGUGUCACAUUUAUGUCUUCACUGUUAAAAGACCGGUAAAAAAAAAAUAUUGUUUGUUCAGGGACCGAUUUUUCUUCAGGUCUGUGUAAAAUAUGUACAUAUAUAUAUGUAAAGAAAAAAAACCACAAACUAAUAAUUCCUGUCUAAAUUAUACAUCAUUUCUAUAUUUGUUAAUUUAAAGAUGAAGAAUGACUGCUGGUGCACAGUAAACAAAGACAUUGUUUUGCACAAAACAUUUUUUUUUUUAAAUACGUGUUAUUUAAUCAUAUGAUGGAAAAAAAAUGUGCGAUGUGUUGAAAAAUUAUAAAUAGAUUUAAAAUUUGUUGUUUUUUAUGAUUUAAUAAAAGACCUUGUCAUCUUAUUAUUUAUAAGAUUUUUUUUUAAAACUGGCCGUGUGGCCACAAUGCAGCUUUAUCUUUGUGUAUUGGGGGUAUAAACGGUAACCAUGGUUACCCUCCGUUUUCCCCCCGUGACGUGUAAAUGACAAAGUGUAAAAUAUGAAGCAUGUAAAGAGCACACACACACGCUGUCCUUUUUUUUUUCUCUCUUAAUGUUGUUGUACUUGACAAUGAAAACAUUCAUGUUGUUGUUAUUAUUAUUAUUAUAAUU